AUGGCCUCCGCGCCGAGAUUCGUCCAAAGUCCCACCGCGUGGUGUCAGCGGAAGGUGAAUUUGAGGCCGCAGCACCGCGGCGUCCAUCUGGUCACCGAGGAGAUACUCAGGCAAUUGCCCGAAUUGAAUUCCUUCGUUAUAGGAUUGUGUCAUAUUCAAAUUUUACAUACCAGCGCUAGUUUAGCUUUAAACGAAAGUUGGGAUCCCGACGUUCGGGACGACAUGGAAAUGAUGCUGAAUAAAAUCGUGCCCGAAGGAUUACCUUAUAGACAUUCCUGCGAAGGACCCGAUGACAUGCCGGCUCACGUGAAGGCCUGUUUCCUGGGCUCCAAUCUGACCAUACCGAUAACGGAGGGCAAGCUGAACCUGGGCACGUGGCAGGGCAUAUGGCUGUGCGAGCACCGAGACCACGCCGGCUCCCGCAAGCUGAUGGUCACCCUCAACGGAUGCCUGCGGGACAACGCGUGCACGCCCCUGUCGCCCGUCAGCCCCAUGGCCAGUACGAGCAGUUAG